UCAGAUUUGCACGUAAAAGGCAUACUUUUGUACUUCAACCUUUAUUUUUUGUACAAGAGGGAAUACACCGAAGAAUAAAACGCGGACGUGUGUGUCUCUAAACAACAUUUCUCUCGACGGUUCGUGUAUAUCGUGAGCUAUCGCGUAGCGUAGUGUCGUUCUUGAAUGGGAAAACUUUUUGUCCAACUGUACAAAUAACGAUAGUGUGUACGCGAGAAAAAGCGAAAAUAUAUUCAACAAGUGUGCGGAAAAGCGGUUGGAAAUUCCGACCAAACGCAAGAUUAGAAAAAGAAAAUUCUGAAGAAAGUUCUGUGAAAUAAAAAAAAAGUGAGAUAAGAUCAAAAUUCUAGCAAGAUGGGAUGUGCCGUGAGUAAUGCUAGAGAAAAAGAAGCACAAGAAAGGUCAAAAAAUAUUGACAAAUUACUAAAGUCAGAAGCGGAAAAGAAUGCUUGCAUAAAGUUACUGCUACUCGGUGCUGGCGAAUCCGGCAAAUCAACGAUCGUCAAACAGAUGAAAAUCAUUCACGAAACCGGUUAUUCGCACGAGGAAUGUGAGCAAUAUCGACCCGUGGUCUACAGCAACACAAUACAGAGCUUGAUGGCGAUCAUCCGGGCCAUGGGCACGUUGAGAAUAGACUUUGCCGAUCCCAGCAAGACAGAUGCCGCCCGGCAAUUCUUCACAUUUGCCUCGGCGGCGGAGGAGGGCGAGCUCACGGGCGAACUUGUGUCACUCAUGAAAAAGCUUUGGGCCGAUCCGGGAGUGCAGCAAUGCUUCGGACGUUCGCGCGAAUACCAGUUAAACGAUUCUGCUGCCUACUACUUAAAUUCCCUAGAUAGAAUAUCGCAUCCCAACUACAUACCGACGCAGCAGGAUGUCCUGAGGACACGCGUCAAGACAACUGGCAUCGUUGAAACGCAUUUUAGCUUUAAGGGGCUCAAUUUCAAAAUGUUUGACGUCGGUGGCCAACGAUCCGAACGGAAAAAGUGGAUUCACUGCUUCGAGGGUGUCACUGCUAUCAUCUUUUGUGUCGCUUUGUCAGGAUACGAUUUGGUACUAGCAGAGGACGAGGAAAUGAACCGCAUGAUUGAAUCAAUGAAAUUAUUCGACUCAAUUUGCAAUUCAAAGUGGUUCGUUGACACAUCGAUCAUCUUAUUUUUGAACAAGAAGGACUUGUUUGAGGAAAAAAUUAAACGGUCUCCCUUGACAAUCUGUUUCCCCGAGUACACAGGUCCCAACACCUACGAGGAUGCCUCGAAUUACAUCAAAAUGAAAUUCGAAAACUUAAAUAAGCGAAAGGAUCAAAAAGAAAUUUAUACUCACCUUACUUGUGCCACCGACACGAAUAACAUUCAGUUUGUCUUCGAUGCUGUCACAGACGUCAUCAUCAAAAAUAACCUCAAGGACUGUGGGUUAUAUUAAAAAAAAAUUAUUAAGUUACAAACGGUGAUUCAAAAAAAAAAACAUUUAAAAAAAUAUUAAUUAUUAAAUUAAUAUUAUUAUUAAUUAAUAAUAUAAUAUUAUUAAUAUUAUAAUGAAUAAUGAUGAUACAAAUUAGCAUUUUAAACCCCUUUUACAUAAAAAAAAUUAUUUUAAUUUAAAAAUUUCAAUUUAUUAAGUUUCACAUUUGAAAAGUAUCAUGACUGCCUAAUCAUUAUAUAUAUUUUAUAAUCUUUUUUUUACUAAUAAUUUAUGAAGAAAUCGAGUAUAAAUGUUUU